AUGAAAAGGCUUCAGUCUCUGCUCCGUCGUUUGGAAAGAUUUCCACAUACGUUGGUCCCGAAAUCAAUUCUUCGGCUGAUCGAAUCUCUGAAUGGGGCCAGCAGCAGCUGGGGACCGGGCAGGGCCCUGGAGAAUUGGGUACAUGGUCAACCCUGGCGAAAAGCUCUUCCACUACCAUUCCAGAUUGAAGUUCCGAUAUUUUAUGAGGAUGCCCGUGGACAGCAACGCACAUCUGGGAUGCAUUACGUGUUGUUGCCACAUGAAAUCUUGGGAACCUUUUAUCAGUUUGAAGCCGCUGACCUCAUGAUGAAAUUAACUGGUGGCCCAGGUGCUUUGGCGGAGUUCUGGUCGCAUGAGCAAACUACAGAAUGGUUUCGCAAUCACCCUAUUCUCAGAGUGACUGAUCCCAACUUUGUCAUACCCUUUCGUCUCUUCGGGGAUGGGGCUGAAAGUAGCAGAAAACAAAAGUUCGAAAUCUUGACUCUGGUUCUGCCUGUGGUGAGCCACGCAAAUCGAAGUUCGGCAACCAUGGACACCAGAAUUUUGAUCUCCUGUAUGAGCGGGACGUAUUGCAACCAUUAUUCCAGGACACGAAUCUUGGAGACAAUUGCCUGGAGUUUUGAAGCACUUAGUACUGGCAAAUACCCAAGAUGUGAUCCAUGGGGACGCCCGUUUACGGCGCAAUAUCAUCCUCACAGAAUGCGUCUUGCUGGAAAGCGUAUUGCUGGCAACUAUGUGGGUGUACUGGAAGCCUUCCAGGGGGACCAAGACUUCAUUAGAAUUUUGUUUUCACCAUCCCGUUUUUUUCCAGGCAAUUUUGCUGCUAUUAUUGCAGGGCAUGUCAAUGGGUUUAUCAAGAUGACAACCCCCAGCUGA